AUGCACGCUGAAAUGAUCCUAUUGAAUGGCCUGAAUGCUGCCUGUUGCAAACAGUUUUCCACUCAGUUCUUCCUCCUCAACAUCUAUCUUUCUUUUCGUCUAGCUGCUGCUACACUAUGCCCAACUCCAACUGGAGUUGUCCUAAAGGCUUCUGGACAGCAGAAAACCUGUCCGGGUUUCAAAGAUGCCAAAAAUCGUAACUUCUGUUGCCCGUCUCAUGUGGAUCCAGGAAGUUAUUUUUGCUGCACAGAAACUCAGUUCUAUGAGUAUGAAUCCGAGGAAAGUGCACAACUACGGAGGCAAUUUUUUAAAAAGUUUGUUUUUUCAUUCUAACA